GCUCAAUGUAUACCGAUCUAACCAGGGUGGCAUUCUAGCCAAUGGCCGUACUUCUGAGUGUCCCACAUAGCAGUGGCCAACCCAUCGUUGGCCUUGCAAUAGAACAACACAACAUGUUCCUCUUAAACGUGUCGGCCUGUACACUUCCUCGCAAGCCCCGCCGUAGCUGCUGUUUUUCCGCACGAGCGCCACGUGCCACAGGCUGUGCUCGUGAAAUCAUUAUACGAACCAAUCGCAGCUUGAGACGCCUCUGACUGGUCACGCAGACAGCCAAUCGAAUACAGCCACAACAAACAUCAGCCAAUCACAGUGAAGUGUGUGUAGGUCGCAGCUUAGCACGUGUGUCAGUCGGUGUCUGUGCACAUGGACUACCUCGCUGUAAAGUAACGUUUACUGGUUGGAAGAAUCAGUGACAGGAGAAAAGAGAACAGGAGGCAGAACAGUUUGACUGAUAGUCAGACACCGGUGAACUUUGUUGAAGACAACCACAGAAAAAGAAAGAAGACAACUGAUUUGCAAAGUUAACAUAGCUGAAGCAACACUGGACUGAAGUCUUGGGAAUUGAAAUAGAAGACCUAGGCUAUUACUCAGUCAAGUAAAAAUAGUUUGGACUUUAAGCAGACGGAUUGUUGUUCCUGGCCAAAGUAAUGCAGUCAUUUGACAACGCCACUAAGUGGUCGUCGCACGAGUCCCUUUCCUCCACUCCCAGUUUACCCUACAGUGAGAGCGACCAGACGGAGGAUGAGUGUGACGUCUUCUCUGAGGGAGAGGGGGAGGGAGGUCGGGCCUCACUAGAACGAUUCUCUCUGGUUGCUGCCAGCCUGCCUAUCCACCUCCGCCCUGUAGGGUACCAAAGGGAUCAGCGGGGGACCCUGGAGGGGCAGUUGGGUGGAGCAGGCCGCGAUGGGCAGUUCCCCUCCCCUGCCACACCACCCACUGAGGGGGACUUGGCCUUUGCAAGAAAGUGUUCCGAGCUCCAAGGAUACCUCAGGCCACUUCUGCAGCUGCUUAAUGGACUCAAGACGGGCAGGUUUGACAAAGGUCUCAACACGUUCCAGCAAAGCGUAGCGAUGGAUCGGCUGCAAAGGAUUGUGGGAAUGUUGCAGAAACCUCAUUUGGGAGAGAAAUAUCUGCGCUCGAUGCAGCAGAUAGAGAUGAUGCUGAAAGUGUGGUUUCCUCUGGUGCGCUUGCAACUCUCCUUGCCCUCUGACAACCAUAGAACCACCCCUCGUCAUUUGCCCCACUGGCACCAGGACCAACUGCGCAUCCCAGUCAAAAAACGCAAAAGGAGCUGGUCAGACUCGGACUCAUCCAGCUCGAUCCCCCCGGUCUACAAACGGGUCGGGAACCCCCAGUGUGGACAGGGCCUUGGGUCUGCUGAAAACACACCCCCGAGGGAGGAGUCGGAGUCAACAACAUUCAGACUUGGCACUGAUCCGUGUGCCUCCCACAACGGCAAGCAGAGAGGAGGUGUGCCUCCUCUGGUUAUCGCAUCUCCUUUUGAGGGGAGCUUCCCUAAUACCCAGGACAACUGCAUCUCCUCCACUACCCCCAUUUCCCAAAUGUCACACCUGCUUCCCCAUGAUAUACCCAUCCCACCAGGCAGCAGUAGCCAAGGGGGUGCUGUUAGAGGCGGGGAAGGGGGAGGGGCUAAGGGUAAUGGCACUGUUGAGCGUGAUCAGUAUUCAGAGGAGGCCGGCCUUACAAACAAUUCAUAUUGUAGUUUGUCUUGUAGACCCACAAACACGUAGCAAUGAGAUGCCAGUUUAUUUGUCUUCGGAUAUGAUUGUGCGCUACCAUGUUGCCAUUUGAAGGUUAUUUGGAUUUCAGACAUUGGAUAGAUUUUUUUUUUUGUUUUUUUUUUGUACAUGUUUGAAAUGGAUGUUGAAAACAUCUUACUUGAUGUCUUAUUCAUCGAUGUUUUUUUGCUUUAAGCAUAUGGUAAAUUCCGAUGGCCUUCAGAAUUCUUCUCCAGGAGCUCAAAGAGGCACUUCAUCCAAUAUAUUCUACUUGAAGAUGAUGUGCCGAGAUGCCUCAGUGAUAAUGAAGGAGUGUACAGCGUAUGCGGUGCAUUCUCAGAAACAGAAGCUAGCACUACUGCCAGUGCUACUGGCUACAGCUACUGCACCUGAUUAGCAUCACUUGAAUCAGAGGUGUACCACUGGAAACACACUGAGCUCAGAGAAACGGUUUUCUUUAGCUUUCUUAUUAAACACUUACUGAAGAAAGGAAACAAUCGGCAACCUUUAAAAAAGGUUGAAAAGAGAUAUUAGUCUUCUACCAGGAUUUGGUGACAAACUUGACACAUUUUCUCAUCAAAUCAUGUGAUUGUUUAAUGAGAAGCUUUCAACAGAAAACACCAAGUACUUCCCAAUACAAUCAAACAUAGCCUACACAGUGGCGUUAUAACGGCAACCAUCUCUGUAAGGACAAGCACAUCAUAGUCACAAAAAUUGACAAUUAAAAAAAACUGCCUGUGACUCUCUGACCCUUAAGACUUUACUCGUGAACAACCACUAAGACUAAAAAGAGCAAAAGAAGAAAUGUGAUUAUCUGUCAUAAACGUGUGGUUAAACCAUUUAGUAGUGGGCAUUUUUUUUCCAAGGGGUCAUUACUUGAAGAAACUGGAUUAUUAGCAGCCUUAAGGGCAUCCCUUAAACCCCGGGGAUGCUACGGGAACAUCCAAUGAUACUCUCGACAACUUGAUGUGUAUUUAUUUUUGUGUUUGACUAGUUGCACAUGCUGAUUGCACAUUGUGAUAUUUUUCUUUUUGAUGUGUUACUAGGUUUUCUUCACUGAUCUAUAAAGAAUAACUGAAUAGACUAUCACAUUGUUGCCGCCCCAUCAACAAUGAAGCCAAUGGAACUAUCCCAAGUGGUCCCAAUAUAGCUGCGGCGCUGAGGCUUCAGGUUUAUGAUGUAGAUGCGCUAUCCAGUUAUUCUUUAUAGAUCAGUGGUUUCCUUUGCUAAGUAAGGAAAAGAGAAUGAAGUGUCAUUGCCAAACGCUACUUGCACAUGAGUUUCGAAAAGGCUUUUUUUUUUUUUUUUUUUUAAUUGCAGAUGUUCUUGUAUGUCCCGUGUAUUUAAUUUCUUUUUCAGAUCAUUUCUGAAAUCAUUUUUACAAUUCUGUAGUUACUUUUCUUCUAUUUUUGUGAUGGACAGUAGAUUAAUGUUUCGUUUAUAUAUUUCCCAUUGGUCAUUUAUCACAUCUGUAAAACAAUCAUAUGGGUUUAUUUGGUACAGUUCCAGUAUGCAUGUAUGAGUGUGCACACUAUAUGACUGGGAUCUCUUAUCAGGCAUAAACAGUACAUUUCAUUGACAACAGUUUCAUUGACAUCUCUGUCUUGCAAGAUUGGGGGGGGGAAACUAUGACCUAUAAAUAACCUCAGAGAUGGUCCAGGGCACACAUUUGCCAAUUUUUGCAAUAUGAGACACUUCUGCAGAUCUGAUAUCAGGCAUUCAGUACUGUCUUUGUGAAUCUGUCCUAUUCUGCUGUGUCUCAGUGUCAUCAAUGUGAAAUGACUGGAAACAGAAGGGUGCAAAUUUUACAACUGUACUAUAUAAUUGUAUUUGCAGUAAAAGUGGGAAACGCUAUUGAGAGAGUAGGAAUCUGCCGCUAUCAGCUUUACAUAGGUUUUGUUACUCCAAGACUUGUUUGCAACCCCGCAUUGAAUUAUCAGUGCUAUACUUUUCUUACUCACCCUAGCACCAUAUAUUUUCAUAUCUUGUUCUCUUCUGGAAUAUUUUGCAAUGGUUGUUGUUGAAAAAUGAUUAACCAGUUACAGCAUUUUUAUAAAUAAAACAUGAAUGUGUUA